AUGACUGACGGGCCAGAUACCUGCCUUCCUGAGCCUGCAGAUCAACAAGCUAUCCUCCCUGUGCACACAGGCCCCGAGGGCUGGCAGGUCUCCAAGCGCCGCGCAACUGCCCUAGGCCCGACGCAGCCACCUGCCAUAGGGUUCCCUCCCCACCAGGCCAUCCCUCAGCCAGUCCUCCUCCGACAGCGAACAAGGAACCCCAGAGGCACAGAGGCGUCUCGCCGACAUCCGCCACUUCCGGCUCCUACGUCGCUCCGGAAGCCUGCGAGUUCCGGAAGCCUUGGUAAUCCAGAUUCUGCUAGGAAAAGACAAGCUUUCCAGAGAAUGUUUCAGAGAAAGUUACGUGGAGCGUGGGCGUUUCGCAGACUGCUAAGGUCAGUGUCUGCCCCAGAGAGCCGGAGUGCAAACCCGAGGUCUUGUUUUCAGCUGGGAGGUCGUGGAGUUUCACGACCUUGUAAUUGUCGCCGUUUGCUUUUUUUCCCUGUUUAUUGGCUUCCUGUCUUCCUGGAAGAGGCAAAUCAAAGCUUCUGCAUUUCGGGAAAGGGAGUGAAGCAAACCUAAAUUCCAAAAGAUGUUUUUAGCAUCGCGCCAUUAAAAAUAAACACACAGCUGCAGUUGAGCCCCUCUGCAUUCCACAUACUGACUUAACAGACGAACUUUGAAAUCUUUCUCUCACUUGGCGGUUGUGAGGAUAUAUACCUCUUAUAAACGGCUUUGUAAAAAAUUGAGGAUCCAAGCUUUACUUAAUAUCUGAAAGUUCAUGUAAAGUGUUAUAUGUGGUACAAAAAAUUUGAGUAUGCUUAGUUUUCUAACAUUGAUGAAAGCGCACGUAAAAGCAGUUUGAUUUUCUUAUGGGGGAAGAGUUAAUGAAACGUUUCUGAUAAAAUUGCUUGCAAUAAAUUAGUUAUAUUUCACAUUGUCUUUUGAUAAGAAGUCUGAAUAUGAGAAACGUUAACUUUUUUUUUCUGGAUUCUUAAAAAUCGUUGUUCAUUUAUUGAGGUACUAUUUUCCACAUUUCCCACAUUUAGUGAAAGGGCUUUUAGCAAAAUGAGCAAGACUUGAACGUUCAAGUCUAACACAUUCUGUUAAACUUCCAUGAUGCCCCUCGGAAAUAUUUUAUCUUGAAGUUUCGGGCAAUUAGAUGAUACCGGGGCGCUCUCAGCACCACAGCUUGUAGUCUAAACACCUUCCCCUAAAGUGUUACCUUUACUUAAUCCUGAACAGAGUGAACUUGGGGUGACUCUUUUAACUUACCUGAUCUCACCUAUAUUAUUAAUUACUUGUUUCCAGAAAGAUUACAGUUGAGUGAUCUUGAGCCAGGAAGAUAGUUGAAAGAACUAUUUACAGAAUUAAAAAAACAAAAAAAAAAAAAAAAAAAAAACCUUCAUAUUUUUUCUUAAAAAAAAAAUAUAAGUAACAGGACAUGAAGUGAAUACUAGACUAUCAGACUAAAGAAUAUUAGACUAAAUCAAGAGAGUUGGAUUCUAGUCCUGACUCUGGUUGCCUUUGUACAGUUUUACCUCUUGGCCGUAUUCUCCUUAUUUUUAAAAAUUAGUGUUAGUACUCAAGCUGGGGUUUUAAAACUGUUCCAUAGGAGAACUUGUGUAGAAAUUUUCUGGAGCCAUGCAGGGAGAGACAAAGCAAGCCCACCCUCAGGUUUAUUUUAACAAGAGCAGCUAUUUAUGUGUUCCGCUUGAAUAACAAGGUUCUUGUUAAGAAGAUUAAAUUUGUAUCUUAAACGAGAUGAUCUGCCUUUUCUUCUAGCAGUAAAAUUCUGUUUUUUUUUUUUUUUUUGGAUAUUCAUUUGUACUCAAUGUACGUUUAUUACAGUUUUUAAAAAUAAUAUAAUCACAGCUAAUUUAUUUCUAAAAGCUAAAAAUAUGUCCCUACUCUGUUUAAAUUUAUUUUAUAAAUACAAAUUUGAAAUUGUUUUCUUUAUGAUCAAAAUUAGAAUUUAUUAUUCUGUCUUCCUCAUAUCCUUUUAUUUUAGCCAUAAAGUUUUGCGUGUAUUUGAUGCACAUAAUGAUUCUAGCCGUAGGAGGACAAAUAUUUUCCCUUUUACAUAUUUGGUAGCUGAACGUUAACGGUAUUGGCAGGCUUGCUCAUCAUCACAUCGAUUAAAAGUUCUUAGUCCUAGCCCCAUGUUUUUCUCACAACUUCAAAUAAUUGUAAGUUUCUUUCUCUCUUGCACACCGUCCACAUGCUCAGGUUCUUAUAGCACAAGGAAAAUGUGUGAAUAUGCAUAAUCUUUAUUUCUGGCCAGAAGUUCUCUCUUGAAUUAUUUCAUUUUUUUCCUCUUUUGAUGAUCUGAGUUGGACAGGCUAGAAGCAAAUUGGAUGUUCUCUGUACCUCUUUGCUGUGAAGGGAUAACAGUUUGUAAAUGUUUCAUGUUCCUUUUCCCUUCCUUUGGAAUGUACAAGAAACCCCAUGAGAAAAGCCCUAAAUUGCUCCAUUUGCCCUAUGUCUGUAAUCUUGCUCUUUAAAACCCAGCCCUGUGGUUUCUUUACAUGGAAGUGGAGGCAAGGGAGGGAUGUCUAGUAUACUCUGCCCUUCUCCCUGUGAGAUAUUAAUCUUCUUCCUAACAUAUUCCCAUCUAUACAACAAAAAUACCUUGUUCUGUGUUGCUUCUUACUCAAUUUAAUAUAUUUUCUUUUCAUCAGAGAUCUCCCUUCUUACUGCCUGUCAAUAAGAUGAGAUCAAAUUCCAUCCAAGUUAUGUUUUCUUUCUUCUUACUAGUAAAAUAAAAACCAAGAACUUCAGUGUAAUUUGAUUUUGAUGAUUCCUAACCAUUUUUCUUUUUUUUUUUGAGAUGGAAUCUGGCUCUGUUGCCCAGGCUGGAGCGCAGUGGCAUGAUCUCAGCUCACUGUAGCCUCCAUCUCCCAAGUUCAAGCAAUUCUCCUGCCUCAGCCUCCCGAGUAGCUGGGAUUACAGGCACGCGCCACCAUGCCCGGCUAAUUAUUGUAUUUUUAGUAGAGACAGGAUUUCACCAUGUUGACCAGACUGGUCUUGAACUCCUGACCUCAGGCUAUCCGCCCACCUCGGCCCACUGGUCUUUUAGUGUUAGAUGAAUGAGUUGGCAUUGCCUCUACCUUGCAUGUAUGUGUUCAUAAUAGUUAAUGUUCACACCAUGGGUUUUUCACCCAUCUAUUGCCUUUGUUCAGAUUUGACAUGGUCCUUAGAAUGGUCCUUUGACCACAUGUAUAGAGAGGCAGGGAGAGGGAAUGUAGACAAGAUACAUCCCAAGCAACAAGGAAAACUGUACCUCAUUCCUUUAAUUUCUUUCCCCAUCUACAGUCCUGAUAGCUUAACUGGCAGUCUGGUCUUUUGAAUGAUCUUGAAAGGGAAAAAGAUUUCUUUUAAGUUCUGUGGGAUUAAAUUUGAUCCAAGCUUAGCAAAUAUCCAUUCUACUAAGUGUAUUUUGUAUGUGCUACAGUUUUUCUAAUGUUUACCAUAAAUUUACUAAUUACCAGCUUGACUUUAGAUGGGUUGUUAAUCUUCUCAAGCCUUAAUUUUUGUCUUCUUAAAAUGGAGAUGAUAAUACUGUACUUACUGUGUUGUGAGAUUAAAUGAAAUAAAGAAUGUAAAGAAAAGUUAUAGUACCUUGUACAUGAUAUAUAUCACAUGGUAGUUCCUCCUAUUCCAUUGCUAAUGGCUGUUUGUUCCUUUGGGGAUAUUUCCGCAUUCUCUUGUACCGUAAAAUGUGCAAUUAAAUGUUUGUUUCAGUUAU